CCUCCUUUUUUGUGCCGGUGACGAAUGUGCCGGGCCGGCGCGCGCGCGCGCGCGGGAAGAGGAGCGGCCCGCCAGACUAGCGGGGGAGUCAGCGCCGCCCCGCCGCGAUGGAGCGGCCGGUCAGGAGGAAUAAGAAAAUUGUUGAUUAUUCACAGUUUGGGAACUUUGAAAAUGAUGAUGAAGACUUUGCCUGUGUACCUGCACCUUUAAAAAAAAAGUCUAGAGUAGUACCUACAGAGACAAAUAGAGAGAAAAAGGAGAAGCAGAAAAGGCCACACAGAGAGGUGACUACAGUGCCGAAGAAAACACCCAGUAAAAGGAUAGCCUUAGAUGACAAACUUUACCAGCGAGAUUUAGAAGUUGCGUUAGCCUUAUCAGUGAAAGAACCAUCUGCAGACAUCCUUGAAGUACAAGAUUCACAAGAACAAGGCAUCAAAAAAUGUACAGCAAUUGAAUUAGAAAAUGUAGACAACAGUUCCCUCCUCUCUGACUGCAGUGCAGAUAGUGGUCUCUUAGGCCCCGAUCAGGUCACAGUUGAUAGUAAUAUCCCCACAGAUGGCCAUAGGCAAAGAAAAGCAGCAUCUAAAGCUGUGUCACAGCAGAAGUUACUGAUAGAUGACAGUAAUGAGGGAGACCAUGCUCAUAACUAUGAGCCAGAGUUUGUGUCUGAUGAGGAAUCAGAGGGUGGCUCAGAUUUCAGCGAGGAACAUGAUGAAGACUUUGCUGCAAAAAAGAAGAAAUCUAAAGAAAAUAAAAGGAAAGAAAUUAAGUUAAAGGUCCAAACAGAGAAAGAAAAGAACUCCCCCAAAUCCAGAAUUAAUGCUACAGCCAAAGUGACUCCAGUAGUUUCUUCUCCACGGGUAAUCCAAGCAAAAUCUCAGUUAACAUUGAAGAAGACAUCAAGUUCUCCAGAACCUAUUGGAGAACCUUUAUACGCAUCAAGUCCCUCAACAGACAAGAAGAAGCCCAAAUGGAUACCACCAGCUGCCUCAGGAUGCAGUAGUAACCCACUUGGAGGAAUUUCAGUUAAAUCACCUACUCAGGGUCUCAGACUUGGCCUGUCCAGAUUAGCACGAGUGAAACCACUGCACCCAGCUGCUGCCAGCAGUUGAAUGGUCUAUGAAAGCGUCUCUCACUUGAAGGACUACUGUUCGGAAAGAAUUGGGUGUGUGGUAGGGUUCUGUUGUUUUUAAACAGGGUUGAAAACAAAUGAGCAGAAAACUAUUCAUUAAACUGUUCAUUCAGAGGGAGGAAAUGCUGUCAAUGUUGCUUGUCUGUUACUAAUAAAGGGCCUUCAUCCUUCAAGGUGCAGUGUACCACCAGUGAAGUGCUGGGCACCUUCAGCUGCUGAAUAAUAUUACUUAAUCAACUAGACCUCAGGUUGCUCAGCACCUUGGUGGAUCAGGCCCAAAGAAAGAGAUUGUAUAUUUGAGACUGUAUCCUUCUGAAGUCUGGCCUCUUUUGGAAAAAAAAAAAUAGGCAUUACAUUUUUAAAUUGCAUAAAAACAGAAUCUAAAAAGCAGUGUAUCAAUUAUGGAUCUAAAUAUAUAGAAUGGAUUCUUAAUGUAACCUUAAAGUUACAGUUUUGAAUUCCAAAUUUUUAGUAUUCAUUCUGUUCAUAGUCUAAUUAAAGCAUCCCUUUAGUAAAGUGAAAUCAUUGUUCCUCUCGGUCCAGAAAAGUUGAUUCUCAAAUCUUUGUUAAAACUUACUGAUAGUUGUAUUUGUGUGGAUUUUAUAGCUAAGAAUGUAUAAUGUCUUGCUUAGAAAAUUGUAUUUUAAAAAAAAGUAAAAUAAAAUAUAUUUUGUAAACAGCUAGUUUGUAAUAGUAGCUGCCUUUAUGCAUUUUGAAAAUUUCUUACAAACUUUGGCCCUAGUCCUGCAAAUACGUAAGCAUUACCUUAUGUAUGUGAUUAGUCCCUUGAAGUCAGUGGAACUAGUUGUGAGACAAAUCCAAACCCAUUGAAGUUAAGCACAUGUUUAAAUUUUUGCAAAAUCAAGGGGUUUAUGAUUAUUUAUUGCACAAUAAAUAGAUUUUCAUAUAGUUUUGGAAUGGUAGUUACUGAACCACCAGGACCUGACCUUAAUUUAGAAAUGAUGAGUCAAUGAACCAAAAGCAGAUCUUGUCUAAGCAGGUGCACUCCCACAAAAGUCAGUUGUGCCAACUUACACAAGGGAUGAAUUUGACCUCAUAACUAUUCAAAGGAUUGGGUAAUGAAUCAGUGAAUCAUUUGCAAAUAGAGUAUAGUUUUUAACUUCUUAAUUCCCUUCAGUAUGGGAUAUGGGGCAAAGGCAUUAAAGGGAUAAAUAGCCCAAUUGUUCAGAAUAAUAUUUGAAUAUAAUUUUGUGACGUAUGAUGCUGUUUGAAGUAAAAUAUAACUUAACUGUAAUUAAUCCUUUUAUAUAAUUAUACUUUUGCAGUACAAAUGUGUUUAUAAAAAUAAAACAAGAUACUAAAAGA